CGCAUGACUUUGGCCCACAGUCUACAUACAUGGGCAUUGACAACGACAACAGGUCGAUCUAGUACCAUCAACCAGCAAAAGACGCCCGCAGAGCAAAGCGAACGGGUUGAGUCGGAAUCGGUCCGCUCAGCCGGCGAGCGUCCUGGGGCAAGAGAAGACACGGCAAGACCCCUAUUUUGCCCGCGGACGCUGCCAAACAAACAUCUGGACCAGUCCUGUUGAGACAUUCUGAUGCUGCGUGGGGGCGAAGCUCAACAUGACAUCCAAGUUGAUUUGGAGUUGAAUGAAUAGUCAGCAAGCCGACUGCCUGCCUGCCGGUGAAACAAAACACCCGAUAGCGACCGGAGAUGUGACUGAGCCGGUUGAGGUUUCACCGUCCGACAACCGCCAGCCGGCUUUUGCCGAUCGGAAUCGGAGCUGCUGCCCCGGCGGAUCGGGCCUUUGAGGAACGGUUGCGCCGGGAGAAAUUGUGCCCGGGGCGUCUGGCCUGACCGAUGAGUCUAAUGUCAAGCAAGUGUCACUGAGAGGCUCUCAAAGUCUCGGGAGCAUUUGGGACCGCAUUGAUGGCCAUGUCAGCAACAGGCUGCUUCUGAGUGACUUUUCGGACUUUGGCCGGCAUGUUCAAAAGUGCUGGAAUUGAACCCACCACUUAAAACCCCUCCAUUUUCCAGGGACGUGGUUCGUGCUUCCCUCGACGGCGAGAGCCGGCGGGGAAGGCUCGGGAAAUUUUGACAAAAGUCAGCAACGAACCGCUGACAUCACCAAAACGUCUUGCUUGGCAGGACCUGUCAAUUGUGUCAUUAUCCCUGUGGCCAUCUCCCAGCACUCGCGCCUUGGACUUUUUGCGAGAUAUCUCGAAGAAGAUGAUAUAAGAGCGAUAUCUAGCAUUCAGAUAUCACUGCUAGACUCGGUGCAUCAUAGAAGGAGGCCAUCGCCGCAACCCGCCUUUUUUUCCUUACCAAAGCAAAAAGUUAAUAACAGGAUCCACCUUUAUUCCCACCGGAGAUCCAAUCGUCACUGCGCUGAUUCCGCAUCACGCAGUUGUCUCAAACGAGCUCCGGUCAUACGAUUUAUUUCUCACACGCCACCGCCUGCCAAAGAACAAAACCACCACCACAACCCUCACAGCCUUAUCGGUUUCUGAACCUACCUGCCUAUUCACCUUCCUAAAUCUCCAACUAAUUACACCUCUCUUUGGACGGCGCGCAAACGGGCAAUCACCUCCUAAAGGCACCCAAUCACUUUUCCAACAACCACCUCUUCAGUCUCCACCCAACCACCCUUCCCCCCCAAAAAACCACCACCAUGAAGAUCAUCUCCAAGGAAGAGGAAGACGCCCACUUCAGCGUCGUCCUCAAGGGUGGUCUCAUCGGCGGCUCCGUCGGCCUCGCCCUCGGUCUGGGUGGUGUAAUCGCCGGCUCAAAGCGCUACCCCACCAUCCGCAACCUCACCCUCCCCUUCCGCUCCUUCCUCGUCACCUCGGCCGGCACCUUUGGCGCCAUCGUCUGGGCCGAGAGAUACUCCAUUGACUUCCAGCGCUCGCACGAUUCCAUGUACAACUACAUGGACGCCUCCCACAAGGCGGCCGCCGAGGCUCGCGCCGCGGCCAAGAGUGACACGGAGAAGCUGAUGGAUUGGGGACGGGAGAACAGGUACUCUAUUGUGUUCACAUCUUGGAUUGCGGCGAUGGGUCUCGCGCUGGCGAUGGUGGGGAAGAAUAAGUAUCUGAGCGGAAGCCAGAAGCUGGUGCAGGCGAGAAUGUACGCCCAGGGGUUGACGCUGGCGGUGCUGAUUGCUACCGCCGCGUUUGAGACGGCGGAUGCGAAGGCGGGCAAGGGGAGGUGGGAGACUGUUAUGGUUGUUGAUCCGGAGGAUCCGGAGCACAAGCAUCUGAUUGAGAAGAGGGUGAGGAAGGAGGAUUAUGAGGGGCAGAACUUGUGGCAGGAUAUGGUCGAGGCUGAGGAGCGCAGACUGGCCGAGCAGAAGAAGCACGUGGCUGCUCUUGAGAAGAAGGAGAAGGCCCCUGCUUCUUAAGAAACUCCCUUCAUUCUCAAAUCUCACAACACGAUCUAUCCGGCUUUUCGGACUCGAAUAAUCCUUACGGUACAGCGACUCUUGAUGAUGCCCGUUCAUCAACGCCGUCCACCUUUUAGGAGCCAUCAUGGCUUCUAGUCUUGUACAACAACGACAAAAAAUAUCGCCCUUCUUUCCUUACAUUACGGAUCUGGAUCUUUCUAUUUUUUGGUUUUAUUGGGUGUUGAAGGAGGUUUACUACUUUUCCCCGGGUUGCUGUGGGCAAAAAGAAACAUUCUACCCAACACAGAUAGACUUUGUCUCUUGGUGGCGUUCUGGGAUUUGUUUGCUUUAUACCGUUUCGUUCUUCUCUGUAUGACUACUUGUUGUUAUGAAAUGAUUCUUGUUGGUCUUUUUUUUGGCCUUUUGGGUGGGACAGAAAGAAAUGAAUUGCAUGGCAUGGCGAGCAAAGUGAGGAGGAUGGGGAUACUAUUCAAAAGGAGGAUAGUUGUGCUUUGACUAGCAGCAGUAAAUUUACAGAGAUGACCACAUUGUAUAGGAUAUCUUUUGCAGUAUUUCUAGUGUUUUAUUGUUUCGUCUCUUGAAU